CUUACUGUCAUUGUUAGGCUGACGGGAUGAGCUCCCUGUUUGCAUAAGUUCGGCGUUGGUUGGUGUGUUCGGUUCGAUUUGUUCCUGGAUCCCUAUCGAAUGGAGUGAAUGAGAAAGGACACCGUCGGCCUUUUCCCUACUCUUCGCUCUAGGCAGACGCUCCUUUUUUGCUUACAUCCACCACGCAUCACUUCCAAGGAGUCAAGUUAAAAGAAACAAAGAAAAGCGAAGGGCGUUACUUCGCAUAUGCUGUCACUGACAGUGGCUAAAUCCAGAUGCGGAGAACCAUGAGCUUCUAACCGCUACAAAGCAUUCUUCUGUUCGGGAAUCUCAAACUGCUCGUUACUGCGAAGAUGGCUUCGGAUGCUUCUUCGAACAACUAUGCCUCGUCUCUGGGUCAUGGAUCAAGUCCGAAUGUGAUCGUGCUUCACAUUCUCUGUCCAUCGUUCCCCCCACCCAGCCGUUUUACCAUCAACAACGUUCCACUUUCUACCACAAUCGCAGCCCUGAAGACUCGCAUAUCCGAUUCGAUUCCAAGCAGACCUUCUCCUGAGAGCCAGAGACUGAUCUACCGUGGAAAACCACUCUCAGACAAUAAUGUGAUUUUGCAGGAUAUUCUUGAACCGGUUGAUACUGCUGUGCACACUCUACAUCUCGUCCUUCCUCCAGGUUCUACCCCUUCAGCAUCUAGUUCGGCCGCAUCCAGUACACUGUCGCAGGAACCCUCGCAUCUUCCCGCCCAGCAUAGGAAUUCUCGUCCCUUCACACGAUUUUCUCAGUCGACCCCCCCCCAAAACAUCCAAGGGAUGAGAUAUAGGGGCACUGGGAUAUCAUCAAGACUUGGUGAAGCAGAAAUUGGAAUUGCUUUACAGCGUAAUAUCGAGACUCUCCGUCGUCAGGUAGAAUUGCAGGCGCGGGGAAGGUGGCCGCUGCGACAAGGAGUCCAGGAAACUGCGACUGUAGGGCGCUCACAUCCAAUUUCCACGCAGCCACUUUUAUCAUUUUCUCAACCGCAUACGCUCCAACGGAUGCAGCAGAAUCCUUUCUAUCCCCCUCCUUCGGGGACAUCGCAGUCUCCAUGGACGAGUAGUCCUUCCAUUUUCACAACCCCCGCCGAUGUGUCAGGUUUGGGUUCUAAUUCCAGCCACAUUUCAACUAUGGACAGCCAGUUCGCGGAAAAUCCUCGACUACGCCUCGAGGCUCUACGCCAGCAAAUAGCGUUGAGUGAAUCCCAAUUGAACCAGGGCACCGCACCUCCGCUCAAUCAAAUCAUCCGAAUACGCACGGAGCUGUUGAAUCUUCUAGACAAUCAAUAUCGCGACCCGCUUUCUCAGCGUGAUGGAGUUAUCGAGUCCUUGCUGAGCCGUGUUUUAAACGUCUAUACCCGUGCUGACCAACUCCGUGUUAUUCAACCUCGCUGUCCUUCACAGGACCGCAGAGAAAGCGCAGGCUUGACCUUUGAUUCUUCCCGUGCACCAGCUUAUCUACUCUCUUCACCGAGUGGGUAUCAAGCUCUGCUCGCAUCUCCAAAUGCAACUCAAGCCAUCCAGACGUCGCUUGCUGCCAUUCAUUCAACUCAGACAUCCACACCAUCACCCACAUUAGAGCCUACUCCAACGGCAAAUACACGCCCUGAACCCGACCCAGUUGCUUUGGAGAACGCUGUUCGACAGGCUGUCCUUAACCAGAGACCAAGGAACAAUGGAAAUAAUGGACUCGCUCGACAUGUCAGACGUGCCUGGUUGUUCAUCCGACUGUACUUCUUUUGCUACAUGUUCAGCGAGCCAGGGACCUGGUCACACAUAUUUCUUGUGAGUUUGGCGGUUUUGACAUCUCUACUCUCAGAGACAUCGGUCCCAGGAUCUCUAUACAGAUUGCUGCUUGCUCCAAUACAGCGACAUCUUGAAGGACUCUUGCAGUUUGGUGUGGAUGAACCGUUACAGCAGCCAGCUCCCUCAACGGGCAAUGAGCCAUCCCAACGUCCGGGGGAACAAGCUCAAACUAUCCAAGAAACGCAUACUACCACUGUAGCGCAGAACGAAACUGGUGCUUCCGAGAUCCAAUUAUGGCGCGGUUUUAGGAGAAUCGAACGUUCUUUUGCCUUGUUUGUUGCUAGUUUGAUACCCGGGGUUGGAGAAAGACAUGUCGAGGCUCGCAAUGCCGCAGAAGCAGCCUGGAAUGCAGCCAGGGCGCGAGUGGAAGAGGAGCGUCGUCGUCAGGAUGAAGCACAAGACGGAGGAAAUGAGGAUCAAUUCGGAUCUGCGGAAAAUAGUGCGUACCAAGACUCGACCGAGCAGGAGGCUAGUACGACUAGGAGGAACCAUGAGGAUGGCGGAAACCAGGCCAAUGAGGUACAUUCAACUGCAAACCAAGAUGUUGGAAAUUGA